UAAUAAUUUUCGAUCGGGAUUACCAGGUUUUGGUGCGACGUCUAAUUACAUGACGUAAUAUACCUCAGGCGCGUCCUCAGGUCGUCAAGCAAUGACCAUGUCCACGGGUGACAUCACCAAUGAAGACUCUUCCACUGUCCAGUCUACGGAGCGAUACGCCAAGCUGGUGAUCGAGAUCAACUCGCAGGUGGCACUGUUCAGGGAUCUAUUGAUCUGCAUAGGAUCAGUUCGGGACGGUCCGGAGCUCAGGGAGAAGAUCCGGAAAGUUAGAAGACAGUGCGUGGAGGCCUGCAAACACGCAGCCGCUAUUUUGCUACCUGCCAUCAAAAACGACGUGGCAGAAGGCAUCCCAGUAGACAAUCAGAACUUCGUGCACCUGGUCAGCUGCACGCAACUGCUUGCCAGGGAGCUGAGGAAAUGUCGGAGACUUGUCUGCGCGAUGCCUGUCGACAUGACCGAGUAUUAUGAAAAUAAGCCCGGGCCUUCUGGUAUGGGUGGACUUGGGAUCCUGUCCCAACUGCUGCUCUGCAAGUCCCUGCAGCCAGACUUCCACCAGGAGGAGAUCUGCAGCCUCACCAAGGAUCUCGAGGACAUCGAGAACAUCCUCAGGGAUAUGCUCGAGUUCAUGCCUAAGGAAGACAGCGACUUACGCCACCUCGCACUCACGGGCGAAGACGUCUUCAGCCUGUGGAGCAAGAGACGCACGAGACGUUCCCUAUACAGGAACAUGAGCGUCUUCUGCUGCUCCUGCAAACCCACUUACAUAUAGCAGUUACCGCGGCCUGUGCUGCUCUAACUCCCACCGCGCAGCCCACAUAUAGCAGUUACCGCGGCCUGUGCUGCUCUAACUUCCACCGUGCAGCCCACAUAUAGCAGUUACCGCGGCCUGUGCUGCUCUAACUCCCACCAUGCAGCCCACAUAUAGCAGUUAUCGCGGCCUAUGCUGCUCUAACUCCCACCAUGCAGCCCACAUAUAGCAGUUACCGCGGCCUGUGCUGCUCUAACUCCCACCAUGCAGCCCACAUAUAGCAGUUACCGCGGCCUAUGCUGCUCUAACUCCCACCAUGCAGCCCACAUAUAGCAGUUAUCGCGGCCUGUGCUGCUCUAACUCCCACCAUGCAGCCCACAUGUAAUAGUUACUUAAUAUUGAACAUAUUGGAGUCUCGGGACAUUAUCACCAAAUUCGCGAACGAUAUCGCGCGACAAGUUCUGUCACGUUGUGGUGUUUAAGCAAUUAACUGUUCAUCUUUGGUGAUUUGCAUCAGGCUACUUAGGAUGACAAAGCAUCUAAGUAUUUGCAAGAACAUUUCUACAGACAAUCGUUGCGUUUUACCAAAUUUGUUUAUUCCUCCGAUGUUUUUCAUCAUAUAUAUUAUAGCUUGCGUGUGUUUGUUGUUCACGGGGAAGGGAAAUGGUUUGAAAUAAAUUUUUAUUUUAAAUUUGGCGGGUAUAAAUUUUUCAAGAAAACUAUUAACUGAAUUCAGUACGGCUGGAUUCGAGAUGACAAGGUGCCAGAUAACGUGGAUAUUAUAAUUGCAGGGAAUCCGAGGCAACGCCUGGUUAUACAUUUUCUCUACACUGUCAAAUAAUAUACAAAAUGCUUGUUGAUGAUCCAUUCAACUCGCAAUGCUUUUUGCGUUGCAUCAAUAUCAUCGAAAAAUGUCGAAUAGUAAAAAGUUAAUAUUAGAAAUGGUGAAUUCUUUCCACAAGAGAAUCCGAGAUUAUCACCUGAUGCACCUGUCGGGAUUUGGUGAUCGGGCCAAAUUACCUCACAGAGCUUGACGCUGAUGUACGGAAACACAAGAAUUAGAAUAGACGCAAACAAAAUGUACGUGGUAUUCUGAGCUCGACUUGCGCUGCAGUAUCACGACCGGGUUACAGGAGAGGUAUUUUACCUGCAAUUCAUCCACGAUCGCUUUGGAAUUUUUAAUCUAUAAUCUAUAAGAAGCCAUAUUUGGGAAUAUAAGGUAAAAUGUUCCAUGAAAACGAACGGUAACUCGCAUGGUUUGUUCCUCGGUGUUGGCGGUGGGAGUGGAUGUGGUAGGGAUGAUCAGAUGUUGGUGUAGCGUGUGUAGGGAUGAUCAGAUGUUGGUGUGGCGUGUGUAGGGAUGAUCAGAUGUUGGUGUGACGUAUGGUGUUUUUGGUAGGGUUGUAGAAUGAGUGUGGUGUAUUGUGUUUGUAUUUGAUGGUCAGGCUAUAUUGUGGUGAGGGUAUAUGGUGGUAUGGUGUACGUGAUGACAUGACUCAUGUGGUUGUGAGUGUAUGUGGUAUAGUGCAUGUAAUUGUGAUGGUGUAGGUAGGUUAUGGUGUGUGUAAAGUAGGCAAGUUGUGUAAAGACCUUACCAAGCCAGAACUGGAAACAUAUAUCCCUCAGACUGGACUGGAAACAUAUAUCUCUCAGACUGGACUGGAAUGUGAUAUGAAUCAUUCUCUUGAUUGAGUCGUGUUCCGACAAAUUGUACAUUAAGGAUUAGAUUGAAAAGCCAAUUGUUUUGUAUUGUUCCUACGCUUCUUUCACGGUGGACCUCGUGACACUUGAUAAUAUUUUGAAACGCACUAUUAUAAACAAUAUUUUAGCCUCCAAUGCACAGUAAUGUUGUAAUCUUAAUUUGUGUAUCACCAGAUGAAGUUGUGAUCUUAAUAUUAGAAAAAAUAAUUAUUGAAUCAGCCGUAAGUUUUAUUCAUGUAUUGCAUGCCUAGAUUUAACGCAAUUAUAAAUAGGUUCCGAGAGUAAUAAUUAUUAUACGCUAUUGCAUAAUUUAGAAUGAGAUAUUAGCUCUUGUAACAAUUUUGGUGAGUGACUAGAAGUAGUAUUCGUUAAUAUGUAGUAAAUAGGAGAUUAAAGCGAAUAGAGUUAUAGCAUCUUUUUUCCACUUUUAUUGUUAAGUUUUUGAGCUUCAAAAUUUUCAACCUGCAUAAGUACCUACUAAUUUAACUAAUCUUGAAUCCUGUAGACAAAGUCGAAACUUCUCAGUUCUAAAAAAAGUCAUGUAUUGAUUGGUUAAUAAUAAUUGAGGACAUGGCAGAUGAAAAAGUCAGUUAAUCGAUUUGUUAAUAAUUGAUAGCCUGGCAGAUGAAAUUUACAUAAUAAAAUAGCAUAGGUCGUCCCAUUCCCGUUCACACAGUAAAGUUUCAGCUGGCAGGAAUAACCGCAUCUAUCCAUGGUCAUUAUUUAUUCCUAUUGUUACUGGCGAUACUUAGGCGAAGAAAUGUGCCAAAUUGCAUCAAAAUGUUGCGCAUGUUGCUUUUAUUAUAGCUGCGCUGUAUUAAUAAUUAGUAGUGGCCCUCAUGAUUAAUUCGGUUAGCAUGAUCCUUGCAGAUUGUUUUAGUAAUGUAUUCUAACUCAAAGUAUCCCGAUUUAACUUUUAAUGUUUAAUUCUUUCGUUUUGUUAGACUAUCAUAUAAGCAUGACAAUGAUUAUUAUCUAGUACUGUCAGUGUGUGCAGCUUUGCGCCUAAAGAUUCCUCUAUAAACUGAAAUAGUUCAAAUGGACUAUAAAUACUAUACUCUGGUGAUGGUCGACUUUGCAAUAAAUAUAUUUUGUA